AUGACCGCGGCCGCAACCGCAACGGCUGCGACAGCAGCAAGUACCCCCAGCCAUGCCGCCGCCGCGCGCUCGUCGCCGCAAGCCGCCAAGCGCGUCAAGCCCGAUUUGCCUGACGAUAGUAACGUAGCCCCUACUGUGGCGCAACAGCAGUCUUCCAAAAGCGGUCCGGACGCAUCAAACAGCCAGGCUUCAGCACCUACACACACCCAGGUCUCGGUGACCACACAUGUCCGACCCGUGGCGCAGCCUCUGACAUCGCAGAACGCGCGUGACAAGAACAAGCCGGAGGAAGCAGACGAGGAGGACGAAAGCCUCACCUGUCCAAUUUGCUUCGAGGCUUGGACCUCGAGUGGGGAUCACCGGCAAGUGGCAUCGCUGGUGGCGCUCAAGUGCGGUCAUCUUUUUGGACGAGAGUGCAUCGAGCGACACUUGUCCAACACCAAGCGUUGCCCCAUGUGCCAGGAGACCGCCUUGCCUGUACACCUACGCCCUCUUUUUGCCAAGGUAGGCCGCUCCGACUAUGUUGGCUUGUUGGCGUUGUGCGUCGUUUAUCCGUCUUCACAGACUGCAUCCUUAUUGCGGUGGGAACGGGCGUUGUUGGCGUGGUGGUUCUGA